UAAGAACAGAAGGUUCUGAUGCUUGGCUGGGGGCCAAGGGAGGAAGAGAACUUGGCAUUUCUCAUGUCUCUAGAGUUAUCCGAGUCUCACACUGCACUGCCUCAUUUUGGAGGUUAUUCCAUAUGACCCGGCUCUGAGAAGGUGUGCAGGUUUUUCUGAGUCACACCACAAACGUACUGUGGAGAAAGGAGAGAGUGAAGUGUUUGGGUUCCUAGGACCCUCCACCUGGCUGCCAUUGCUCAGAUUCCUUUUAUUGCCAUGUCUCUGGCCCAGGGGCCCCAAGCAGCUUACGACCUGCUUUGAGGAGGUACCUAAGGCCAGCGUGUGUACUUUCUCAGGGCCAUGGGCACAGGGAAACCUCCAGCAACUGUGUUCUAGUGAGAUAUUUAGGUUUCUCCAAGAAGCGGGGGUAGAAGAAGAGACUGGCCAAUCUCAAAAGCUCCCAGCCCUGUGAUGGGCUGAAGCCAGGGUCCUCUUAGCACCUACAUUUCCUCUCUGUUAGAAGUCACAGCUGGGGCCUGUGAGAUGGCUCAGUGGGCCAAGUGUUUGCCUGCUAGCAGGAGGCUCUGGGUUCAAUCCCUAGCACCAGGUAACAGCCAGAUGUGAUGUCUUUGUCUGUAGUCCCAUUGCCAGGAAGGAGAUGGGCAGAUCCAAUGGCCAGCUCCAGGUUCAGCGAGACCCUGUCUCAAAAAAUAAGGUAAUGAGCAAUUGGGGAAGAUGUUAGAAACACACACACACACACACACACACACACACACACACACACACACACACCACAUGGCAUGAUUGUGGAUUGUAGGGAGGCUUAAAUAAACUCAGACAUGCAGAGUCCCUAAGACACCAGCUGCAAAUUGGUAAGAAUCUGUCAUGUCCUAACGUCCAAAUCGCACCCAGCCCACGGCUUCCCUCAGGAUGUGCUGUCCCAGGGUGGAGACUUUCCUUUGAUUUCCAGCCCGCAAAUUACAAGGCGAUUUGGCUUGUGUGACCCAAUUAAGAGCCUUCUGACCCAUGGAUCUCUGUGGACACCUCACCUUCUGCCCCCAGGGGCACUGGCCUCCUCAAAGCUUGCCCACCUGUGAGGACAGAGGCUCCGCCUCCCCGCUAGAAGUACAUCAGAUGGAAGCAGCCGAACUGGUUGUCAAUGGUGGGAAGUAAUAAAAGUGGGAGAAAAGAACAAAACAAAACACUUCUUUAAAAAUCCCAGGCUGGGCGUGAAUGUGCGGGCGUGGACCAGGUCAUUAGCCACUCUGCCCCGCCUGUCUCUCAGGGCCCGUUGUGUCAGGUUGCUCCUCCUAUGGCUCCUCCUUCUGCCCCACCUUCUCCUCCCCACAGGUGUGUCCCUGGGCUCUGGCUGCCAGCCCCACUCCCUGCCUGAGACACCCGCUGAAGUCACCGACCACGAGACCCCCAAGCCCCAGAAACAGGCCAGCAAGUGACCUGCCAUGGAAGGUGCCGAUACCUCCAGGAGCAAUGGGGCCAGCCCGGAAGCCAGGGACGCCCGCAGCCCAUCGGGUCAAAACGGCAGCCUGGAGAACGGCACUAAAGCAGACAGCAAGGAUACCAAGACAACCAACGGGCACAGUGGAGAGGUGACGGAGGGCAAGACCCUGGGCAGUGCCCUGAAGCCAGGGGAGGGGAAAAGUGCCCUGUUUUCCAGCAAUGAGUGGCGCAGGCCUAUCAUUCAGUUUGUGGAGUCCGUGGACGACAAGGGCUCCAACUACUUCAGCAUGGACUCUGCGGAAGGCAGGAGGUCUCCUUAUGCGGGGCUCCAGCUGGGAGCUUCCAAGAAGCCGCCUGUGACCUUUGCUGAGAAGGGGGAGCUGCGAAAGUCCAUCUUCUCUGAGCCCCGCAAACCCACGGUGACCAUCGUGGAGCCAGGGGAGGUCCGCAGAAAUAGCUAUCCCAGGCCUGACUCCGGCCUCCUGCUGCGGUCUAAGUCUGGCUCCGAGGAGGUGCUGUGCGACUCCUGCAUCGGUAACAAGCAGAAGGCCGUCAAGUCCUGCCUGGUGUGCCAGGCUUCCUUCUGUGAGCUGCAUCUGAAGCCCCACCUGGAGGGCGCCGCCUUCCGUGACCACCAGCUGCUCGAGCCCAUCCGGGACUUCGAGGCCCGAAAGUGCCCCUUGCACGGCAAGACCAUGGAGCUCUUCUGCCAGACCGACCAGAGCUGCAUCUGCUACCUCUGCAUGUUCCAGGAACACAAGAACCACAGCACUGUGACCGUGGAGGAGGCCAAGGCUGAGAAGGAGACCGAGCUGUCGCUGCAGAAGGAGCAACUGCAGCUGAAAAUCAUUGAGAUUGAAGAUGAGGCUGAGAAGUGGCAGAAGGAGAAGGACCGGAUCAAGAGCUUUACCACCAAUGAGAAGGCUAUCCUGGAGCAGAACUUCAGGGACCUGGUGAGAGACCUGGAGAAGCAAAAGGAGGAAGUGAGAGCCGCGCUGGAGCAGCGGGAGCAGGAUGCUGUGGACCAAGUGAAAGUGAUCGUGGAUGCUUUGGACGAGAGGGCCAAGGUGCUGCAUGAUGACAAGCAGACCCGAGAGCAGCUGCACAGCAUCAGUGACUCAGUGCUGUUUCUGCAGGAAUUUGGUGCACUGAUGAGCAAUUACUCCCUUCCCCCACCUCUGCCCACCUACCAUGUCCUGCUGGAGGGAGAGGGUCUGGGACAGUCACUUGGCAACUUCAAGGAUGACCUGCUCAAUGUGUGCAUGCGCCAUGUUGAGAAGAUGUGCAAGGCUGAUUUGAGCCGCAACUUCAUUGAGAGGAACCAUAUGGAGAAUGGUAGUGACCAUCGCUACAUGAACAGCUACACAAGCAGCUACGGGAGUGAGUGGAGCACGCCUGACACCAUGAAGAGAUACUCCAUGUACCUCACACCCAAGGGUGGGGGCCGGACAUCUUACCAGCCAUCAUCGCCCAGCCGCCUCUCCAAGGAGACCAACCAGAAGAAUUUCAACAAUCUGUAUGGUACAAAAGGUAACUACACCUCCAGAGUCUGGGAGUACUCGUCCACUGUUCAGAACUCUGAGGACCUGCCCACUGUGCAAGGCAACUCCUCCUUCUCCCUGAAAGGCUAUCCCUCCCUCCUCCGGAGCCAGGCUUCCAAGGCCCAGCCUCAGACUUGGAAAUCUGGCAAGCAGACUUUGCUGUCUCACUACCGGCCAUUCUACGUCAACAAAGGCAGCGGGAUGGGAUCCAACGAGGCCCCCUGAGUUCAGCGUGGAGCCCCGCAACCCCGUUCUCCUGUCGCUCCUGCUUUCCAAGCUGCUGCGCUCUUGCGGGGCAGGAGCCCCGCCCCACUCUGCCCUCCCACAGCCUCUGGCAGCCCCCUACCCCACUCCAGGGCACGCUGGUUUCCUCUGCUCCCCUAUGGGUUCCUUUUCUGCUUGAUGACAUACAGUCACUGUGAUUUCUAUGUGCGAGAGCAAGUUACCUACCACAGGGUGAGAGACAGUUGGGCUCCUUUCUUGUAAACCUCUCCCAAAGCUGGUCACCAGGUCCACUUGGUGCCAGUCUGUUUCCCCAGCCCGGGGUCUACCAUGUCCAGGCUUGGUGACCAUUUCCCUCCACUGUGGACGGUAGGUGCCCAGUUAAGGCAACUUCUCUGUGCCCAUCCCUUGGACUCACGUUUUUAUCAGUAGCCCAAGUCUGUCAGGAAGGAACCGGUCCUGUGUGUCCUCUUGGAUCCCACUUACCCAAGCCUGUGUGGCCUGGCCACACCUUAGAGGAUGCUCUCAGCAUCUUGGGUUUUUCCUGGUCCAGCUGUGAGGCUCUGCCAUGUCUACUUUGAGGCCGCAAAGCCGGAGAAUGGGAUCUCCUGCCCGGCAAGAGGAUCGUAGUCUAGCUAUUUCUCCGUCAUUGCUGGGGGGGCGGGUCCUCUGAUGUGCCACGGCGCACUCAUGAACAUUUGCCCGUAGACCUUCACUUAUAUGGAAUUGGGUACUCUUCACAGCGAGGGACAGCAGGUGGGCUGGGAAGAGUGGUGUCGCUUGGGAGGUACCACACAUAUCAGGGGAGUCAGCCCCCAUCCAUAUCACAUGUCACUAGGCUUUGAGAGGGCCAAAUCAGCAGCAGCACUGGGUGUUUGGGGGCUUGUCUCCCGCUCUGGGCCGAUGGGGCCGCUCGGGUCAGCUUGCAGGGGCGGGGAGGGGUACUUUCGGCUUGGGCUUCCCCCUCCCUGAAUAAACCAUUUGUCUCUUUA